AUGGCUUCACUUCGCGACUACUUCUCUAUAUCUACGAAUGGCACAAGAGCAGCACUUUACGGGAUAGGUGGUGUCGGGAAGACACAAUGCGCUGUGAAUUAUUGCCACUCGGUGAAAGGUGAUGUUCAUGUGCUGUGGGUUCUUGCCCACCGUGUCUCUGCUCUGAAGGCAUCUUUCAACAAGAUUGCUGACACACUAGGGCUGCUGAAGUCCAUAGACCCCGUAAAAUCCGUCCAUGAAUGGUUGCAGGGGUGUCGCAACUCGCUUGUUGUCUUCGACAAUGUUGAUAACAUUAACAUAGUUCAACCAUACUUACCCCGCGAAGAGUCUCAUCCGUUUGGUAAAUCUCAAGCUGUUCUUCUUACAACCCGAGACUCGGCGAUAGUGGAAUCUGAGACGGUUCCUUUUGGUACUGAGGUCAACCUCUUUGAUACGAAAGAUGCCAUUCGUUUGUUUAUGUUAAACCUGAAUUCCUGGACACCAACGCAGCAUGAUCAGAUAAGAACAAAAAUGGAGGAUUUUACUGCGAAUUCAGCUGUUCAGCGAAUUCUUAAUGAAAAAUUCGGAUUCACAAACAUCACUCAGUUGGAAAAGAUCGCUGAGCUUACUGGAAGGUUGCCACUAGCCAUAGUGCAGUGCGCUUCAUACCUACGUCAGUACCCGACGAGCUAUCCAGAUUAUAUACGCAAAUUCCAAGCCAGUACUCACAAAUCUCGACAGAGGUUUCUAUCCCAUAGUCCAAAGGGUGCACAGUACAGCGAAAGCAUUAUGACUACCUGGGAGAUCAGCUUUGAGCACAUUGUCCAGGAUCUUCCUGGUGCAGGAGAGCUUCUGACCAUGUUUGGGUUUCUUGAUCGCAUUGGAAUCUCAAUGGACUUGACAGAGUCUGCGUUGACUGGAUUGAGAUUUUGGCAGGAGAAGUGCGUCAUUACCCCGGCUGCAGACCUGCGAGCAAAGUUCCAUUUUCUGGAUUUCGUGGGCGAUUAUAUCGACAACCUUGGACUGCUACAGUCUCUCUCCUUGAUUAGCCAAGAUCCCAAAAAGCGGCAGAUAUCAAUGCAUCCAUUGGUACACGAAUGGACUCACCUCAGACUGCAAGGUUCGCGUUGUGCUGAGUGGUUGAUCGCAGUAAUCAGAGUCCUUUACCAUCGUCUGCCCCCACUCAUCUACUCUGCAAACGAUCGCAGUGUUCCCCAUCAAGCUGAAAUUGUCCUGUGCCACACCGAGCGCUGCAAGGAGCUGGUGGGACUUUACAUUGAAGACAUUCUGAAUUGCUGCCCUGAAGUUGCCAUGUUCUUCCUAGAGAGUUACCUCUGGUAUCAUGGUCAGGACCAUCUAGACGUGGUAGAGAAACUCGUGGCCAGAGUACGAGAAGAAGACAGAAAUUGGGUAAUGAAGCUCUUGUGCGGAGCACGGUUACAUCAAAUUGUACAAGAUUUUCAGGGAAGUAUCAGCGGGAUUUUGGACGAAGUUCAGUAUCACCGAUACUCCACUUCCCUCACCCUACUUUCCAAAGACAACAAUACGGCUCCUGUGGGAACAAGGUUCGUCUUGACGGAGGCUACGGUGACUCAUCGGCUAGGCGAGCUACUGGAAAGGGAUAUGCGGGUUCCACUACAUGACAUUGUACACCUCGAUGUGCAUACGCGGCGUGAACAAGGUACAUCAUCUGCCACCACGGAGGCCGUAACAAUCUCAGCAGCACAGAUUGCAGCCCGCCUAAAGCCCCAGGCCACCGCAGCAAACAAGACCGUGAAGUUGUUACGAAAUCAACCAGGGACUUGA